AAUAAACACAGAGCUGGACCAUUUUAUGAACCUGGAGAAGUGGGUGAAUGGCAAACCCGGCUUGACAAAGUUAGAGAAUCGAAUCUUAAGGAAAAUUAACAGUGACAAAGAAAAUGAGCUGGCUGCCCAGAGAGCAGCUAAGAUUGUUCCUUCUGAGACCAUGAAACCUGUCCGGCGUGUACGCAAAUGUAUUCCCUUAAUCAGACUGCCUGAACCCCUGGCUCUGGAGAUCCUAUAUAACCAUCUUUUAAAACACAAGGUUAAAAUCUUUGAAUUGUUCGCCAAGGGAGAUUGGGAACAUCAGAAGAUCUCCAGGGAAGAAUUUGUUGAUGGAAUGAAAAGA